UGUUCCUCGGACACAGCGGAUCACCGAUCACAGAAAGAGCCAAAGAUGUUGGCUCGGUCAUGUGAUCAGCUGUGUCCAAUAACAGCUGAUCACAUGGGACAUGUACACUGAUCAUCAGAGUACUGAUGAUCAGUGUGCCCUGAUGAUCAGUGUAGCCCCAGCAGUGCCACCUGCCUACCAGUGCACAUCAAUGCCACAUAUCAGUGCCCAUCUGAGCUGCCUUUCAGUGUCACCCAUCAGUGCCAGUCAGUGCCACCUAUCAGUGCCAAUCAGUGCUGCCUAUCAGUGCCAGUCAGUGUCGUCUAUCGGUGCCAGUCAGUGCCGCCUAACAGUGCCAGUCAGU